ACUUCCGGUCAUUUUGUAAACACAUGAAAGAAUGAAAAUUAAGGCCUCGAAAAUCAGAAAAUGCUGUUAGAAUGUAGAUGAAUUGAUAAAAAAAGAGAAGAAAAAAAUUGCAUUUAUGAAAAAUGUAGCCUUGAACAAUUGAAGAAAAUUAGCCAAUGGCGGUGGCUAAACCACCUGGUUUAGAAUUUGACCAUACUUGUUGGCCAGAAAAUACAGAAGGUCUAACAUUAGAUUUUGGACCAUUUGAAACUGUACAUAGAUGGACACGUAUGCCAGAAUGUGAUGAAUUUGUUGGAGCCAGGAGAAGUAAACAUACAGUAGUGGCUUAUAAAGAUGCCAUCUAUGUAUUUGGGGGAGACAAUGGGCACACAAUGCUCAAUGAUCUUCUGAUCUUCAACAUCAAAGACAAAUCAUGGGGAAGGGCUUUUACAACAGGAUCCCCACCAGCACAAAGAUAUCACCAUUCUGCUGUAGUUCAUGAAGGGAGCAUGUUUGUAUUUGGUGGUUACACAGGAGAUAUACAUUCAAAUUCUAACCUGACCAAUAAAAAUGAUCUGUUUGAAUACAAUUUUGAUAAAUGUCAGUGGUCAGAAUGGAGGUUUGAAGGAAGGAAACCAGUAGCUAGAGCUGCCCAUGGAGCUGCAGUAUAUGGAUGUAAGCUAUGGAUAUUUGCAGGGUAUGAUGGGAAUGCUAGAUUGAAUGAUAUGUGGACUGUAUCCCUGUCUGAAACUCCUUUUUGGGAAAAAGUAAACCAGAAAGGACAUAUACCACCAACCUGUUGUAAUUUUGCUUUAGCUGUAGCUAGGGAUUCCAUGUUUGUGUUUUCUGGACAGAGUGGUGCUAAAAUUACUAAUAAUCUAUUCCAGUUCAGAUUUAAUCAAAAUGAAUGGACAAGAAUCUCAACAGAGCACAUAUUACAUGGUGCCCCACCCCCACCAGAGAAGAGAUAUGGCCACACAGUGGUGGCCUUUGACAGAAAUCUGUAUGUUUUUGGUGGUGCUACAGGACAGACACUUCCUAAUGAUUUACAUUGUUUUGAUUUAGAUUCUCAGACCUGGUCAGUUAUUUACCCGUCCUCUAAUAGUCAGGUUCCAACUGGUCGACUCUUCCAUGCUGCUUCAGUAGUGGGUGAUGCCAUGUAUAUAUUUGGUGGUACAGUAGACAACAUUGUCAGAAGUGGAGAGAUGUAUAGAUUCCAAUUCUCCAGAUAUCCUAAAUGCACAUUGCACGAAGAUUAUGGAAAGUUGUUGAAGAAUCAACAGUUUUGUGACCUAAAUUUUAUGGUCGGCAAGGACAAUGUGGAGAUAAAAGCCCACAUUUCUGUGGUUGCAGCCAGGUCAUCAUGGCUUGAAGAAAAAAUCAGGAAUGCCAAAGAACAGAGAAGUCAAGAAGAUAUUCAGUCUACCGAGCCAAUUACAAUCUACCUCCCUGAUGCUGAUCACAUAGCUUUACAGAUGGUCCUGUCUUAUAUAUAUACUGAUCGAAUACUCCCUACUCAAGAUGGCCAAGAACAUAAUAGUAAUGAAGUGAUAUUAAUGAUGAUGGAUGUGUAUAGAUUAUCUAUUAAGUUCCAAAUGGGCAGACUAGAACAACUUUGUAUACAGUAUUUAGAAUCUUGUAUUAACCAUAAAAAUGUCUUGGUUGCUCUUCAUAAUGCUGCUAAACUAAGUCUUGAUUCAAUAAAGGAAUACUGUUUGAAGUUUAUAGUAAAGGAGAGUAACUGCAACCAGAUUGUAAAUAGUAUGGAGUUUGAAUCUCUAGAUAAACCACUGAUGGUAGAAAUUAUCAGGAGAAAGUUAUCUCCCCCUCAUUCUGUCAGAAUAUUACCAGAACCACUACAGGAUCAGGUGAUGGCAAGAUCACUUGAGAAAGACCUGGAGACAUUUCUACACUCUGCAGGAAAAGAUUUGUGUGAUGUAACAUUAGUAUUAGAUGGUGUAGAGAUACCAGCACACAAAGCUAUUCUAUCUGCCAGAUGUAGUUACUUUGAAGCAUUGUUUAGAUGGUCCAUGCCAGAAAAUAAUAAAGUGACUAUUGCUAUUGGAGAGAUGAUUCCCUCCAGACAGGCGUUUGACAGUUUGUUACGGUACAUUUAUUACAGUGAUACAACAAUGCCACCAGAAGAUUCCCUGUAUCUGUUCCCUGCACCUCAUUUCUAUGGGUUCACCAAUAACAGACUACAGGCUUACUGUAAACAUAAUUUGGAAAAGAAUGUAUCUGUACAGAAUGUUGUUCAGAUUUUAGAAGCAGCUGAUAAGAUCCAGGCUUUAGAUAUGAAGAAGCAUGCACUAAGAUUGAUGGUUCAUAAUUUCCAGAAUGUUGCACAUUUACCAGAGUUAACCAGACUGAACAAAGAUCUUUUACUGGAAAUAAUAAAGGCAAAGGCAGAUGAUGAAGGGGAGACAAAUCUUUCAAAAGAUUGGUCACUAUCAAAUAUUAGUGAUAUUUGAAAUUUUCUCUGUGAAAAAGUAACUUUUUGUUAUUACAGAAUCUUAAAAUAGAUCAUGUAGAAAAGUAUUUUCAUUGUGUGUAUAACAAAUAUCAAUGCCUUUAUAUCAUUGGCUUAUAUUUCAUUGUUUAAGCAUAAUGAACCAUUCACAAUGUGCGAUGUACGCUUUUGACAGUGAAGUCUUUCAAAUUUGAAGUACAUGUAUAAUAGUUUCAUUGAUUUAUCAAGUUUCAAUUUGUUAAUACCUCAAAGUUAAAAUUUGGUGGACAUUUUUUUACAGAGUUAAGUUUACUUGUCCCAUUUAAGUUUUGUCGAGCAAGUGCUUUAAAGGCAUCUUUGUGAGCCAUAAAAAUUAAAAUGAGAAGUCUGAUUAUAACAUUAUUCUUUAUCCUUUAUAUCUUAGCACUCCAUUUAUUCUCUAUUUUAAAUAUUUUUGGCCUGUUUUUUCUUUAUUCUGUGAACUCCAUCCAGACCCUCAUUUAUAUUAAUAUAAAGACAAAUAUAAAUUUUUAUGCAUAGAGUGAAGCUUUUUAGAAAUCAUACAGUAAUUAUAGUGCUAUAAGACAUUUUCCUUCCAUAAAUUAUGUGUGAGCUAAUUUUAAUAUGUUCAUGUUUUUGUAAAGUUAGUAAAUAGUUAUUAUAAGGAAUCUUCAUAAUGCAAUAAGAAAUAAGUACUCAUGUAUUGUAAUUAAAAAGAUCCAGAAAGUGCAUGUUGAGGUGUAUUUACAAUUUGUAGUCUUUUGAAUUAUGAAAUUUAAGAAUAUGAAACUCUAAUCAUUAAUACUUAUAAUUUAGAUUACAAUUUAAGAUGAAUACAGGAUGUCCUUUCCUUAGCUAAAUGCUUUUCUCAGGUUCUACUGAACAGAAUGACUUUGUAUUUGGUCAGCAGCUUCAACGUGAUGAGUUGUAUAUUUCAUUAUGUGAAAUGAGCUUAAAAUGUUUGGUCACACUUUUUUUCAGUACUCCCUAGUCCCUACAGAAUUACUUCAUAUUUGGUCAGCAGCUAGAUAGCAAUGAGUUGAAAGUUGAGUGGGCUCUUUAAGUUUUAUCAAAACAAUUACUUCCUUUUGCGGAUAUCAGAUACAUGUAUAAAAGUUAGGGUAGGCUUAACACGAUAAAGCAUGCAUUCUUGUUGACCAGAAUCAGUGUAAUAGAGUAAAUACCCAUUAGUCCAAAUACAGAAUAUCUAGCUUGCGAUGAAACAUUAGCAAAAACUCAUCAUGUAUUUUUAUUGAUUUACAUGUUAUUUUGUCCCUGAUUGUGCAUUCUUUCCAUCUUCAUAAUCUGCAAAUUCAUAUGUAGUUAUUCUAUAAUCAUUUUACAAUUUUAAAAUAAAUGUUUUAUAUUGUCAUGUGACAGAAAAGUCAUGUUAUUGCCAAAAACAUUGUAGAAAUAUUGUUAUACAGCUUUGUUAAUGUUAGCAUUAAAUAUUUACAUGUAAAAAAAGUGUAGAAUUUCAUUGUUAUUUCGACAUGCAAUAAAAAGUAAAAUUUCGUGUUAUAA